AUGGAGGAGACGACACAGAACAUUCAAGUGAUAAAGGCUAACCUGAAAGCAGCCCAGGAUCGGCAGAAGAGUAUCGCCGACAGACGUUCUACCGACAGAGUUUAUAAGGUUGGUGAUUGGGUAUUCUUGAAGUUAUCGCUGUGGAAAUGUGUUGUGCGAUUCGAAAAGAAAUGGAAACUCAGCCCUAGGUACAUCGGACAGUACCAGAUCAUUGAACGAGUCGGUGAAGUUGCUUAUCAACUUGCCUUGCCACCAAAGUUGGCGAGAGUGCACAAUGUGUUUCAUGUAUCGAUGCUACGGAGGUACGUUUCUGAUCCGUCACACGUAACCCCUCCUCAGCCACUGGAGAUCAAUCCAGAUUUGACUUAUGAUGAGGUUCAAGUGAUUCUUAGGAACAAGACCGUGUGGAUGGUGAAGAUUUUUUGA